GGAUCAACUUUAGGUCACGUUGUAAUUGAGAGUUUAGCGUUUAGCCUCUAACUUAUCGAUUAAGCUAACCCAGACAAGAAGGCCAUCUUUUUAGUGACCAUCAACCUACCUAACUAAUCUCCAAUUCAACAAUUCGUCACCAAAUUUAAUCCAGUUGGCGCGUUUGUUCAUUGAAUUCCGUGUCCCAAAUUACGAUGCGUCGUCGUAUAACGACGCCAAUAUGAGGUUCAAAUCCGAUAUUAAGAACACACGCACGUUCUCAAAAUUGGUGGCUGCACUUUCGUCUCUCGAGAAGAUCGCCUGGGUCCGCCUUGACGAUGAUACCGUACGCUUCACCGUGAUCCCGGAUACCGGGUCACAAGUAUGGGCCUCGUUCUCUAUGGACUUCAUGUUCGAUCAUUAUGCCUUACUGUCCGCAGAACCGAAUAAUACCAUCAACCUCGAGCUUCCCCUCGGCCCUCUCCAGCGCGCCCUCAAAUCCGCCCUGAACGGUAGUUCGGCAUCGAUUCGCCUGACUAAGAAAGACGGGAUCCCCGUGCUGUCUAUGACCAUUACUACUUCCGUCGCACUGCCCAAGGAGCCUCAGGGCGUGGCUCGUUUCGGCAGCGUGAAUACGAACGCGGCUCGCAACCACGAUGACGAUGACGGGGUCUUCGCUCACGAGCCAUUGGAGACGAACCUACACCGUGAGCGGGAGAAGAUCAUCACACAUGACAUCCCCAUACGCAUCCUCCACCCCAGAACCGUCGAGACCAUCAUGCAGCCCAAAGUGCGCGAGCCCGACGUCCACAUCCAGCUGCCGUCCCUGCUCCAGCUCAAAGCCAUAUCGGACCGCUUCACCAAGCUUGCCAUCGCGUCGCGCGCCUCCACGUCUUCUUCGGCCGCCGGCGCCGGCAUAUCCCCCAAGCUGGAGCUGAGCGCCAAUAUGCACGGCGGCCUGCGCCUGCGCCUCGAAACCGACACCCUCAACGUGGAGAGCCAGUGGCACGGGCUCGAGAACCCGGACCUCGACCCCGCGCAGCUCUCGUGUUCGUUGUCGGAGCACCCCAGCACGCGCUUCAAGGAGGCUGGGCCAGAGAAUUGGGCGACGGUGCGCGUCGACGGCAAGGACUGGAGCAAGGUGCUGAGCGUGGGCCGGCUCGAGGGCCGCGUCAUUGCAUGUUUUGCCGAUGAUCAUGCGCUGAUUAUGUAUGUGUACGUCCCCCAGUACGACGAUACUGGGGUCGGCGAGGAUUCGGUGGUCACGUAUUACGUAUCUUCGUAUAGCUCGUGAUUCGUGAUGGAGUUGGCUUGAUACAAUAGACAAACAGCUAUGUCAUGAUUAAGAUUUGAGAGAUGGUCGGUCUGAGAUUUCUAAGAUCUAAGAUCCAAGAUCCUAGGAAGAGUAUGCCCGGGUAGGUUUUGAGAAUGGUCGUCUUUACUGCCUUGUAUGGACAUCUUUGUGCUAUGUGAUUGCUGGAUACCUACCCACCUACCUAUCCAUCUGUCUAUCGACUUGGGUACCUAUGUAAUGAAUAGAAUGAGAGACGCAAGUCAGAAGUGCAUGUAUGCCAUCUCUAAAUAUUGGUAACUCGCCCGU